CCCGUAAAAAACAAGAAGCGCGAGCCUUAGGGCGGCGAACAGCAAAACCAUUAACUUUUUUUUUUUUUUGUUUCGGAAACGCAAAACCAGUGUUCGGAAACGAAGAGAGAAACCCUAGAGAGCAUCGUCAGUGUCAGUAUGGGUUGACGACAACACAGAUACAGUUGUCAGAGCCGGAAAGGACGAAGGAAGACGCAGAGGAGUGCUCGGAAAUGAAGGAUUCCCAGUCCCUCGCGUCGCGGAGAGGAAUUUGAAUGGGUUUCCAAGUCUGACUUCAAUUUCUCCUAUUGAUCUCGACACUAUCGGAAAAUCAAGGUAACAGUUUCCGUGAUCAUUAUUCCAGUUUGUUUUGCUGACGAUUAAAGGAAAGGAGAGACGGAGGAGGAGGAUAUGGUGGCGCAAAUACGGUCAAGGUUGCCACCUAAAUCUUUGAUGCGGUUCAAAUGCGUCCGCCAGUUGUGGCGUGAUCUGAUUGAUAGUCCUAGCUUUGUGGCCAGCCACCUCUCAAAUUCGAAUAAUUCGAGUUCGUCCACCGCAUUGCCGUCAGGCAUUUUGUUGAUGGCGAAGAGGAUGAUAACGAGGAUGUUUUAGUGUCAUUUCUUAAUAUUUGCAAUGAUCGUGUUAAUGGCCGUGAUGACUUUGUUAAGGUUGUUCACUGUGGGGAUUUUUUUAUUGGUUUUCGGCUGAUCUACAAGAUAACGGUACCAUCUCUUCAUUUGAUAUGAGUGAUGAGGUAUUUCAUACUAUACCAGUUCCAUAUAAUUCCCAUGAGAGAAGAGAAUGGUGGAGCAGCCUUGCGGUAUGGAAUCAAUCCAUGAUGCUGAUUUCCUUUCACAGUGAAGAAGAAACUGGACUUUCGAAUCUGAGCCAAGAAUUGAGAUUCCUCUGGAAUUUUGUUUGAGUGAUGAACUUUUUAUGGUGGCCACUGAUGGACAUAUUGUCUCCUAUAAUGUACGCACGCAAAAGCUCAAAUACCGUCUUUGUGAUGGAAUUGAAGAUAAUCCAUGAACUGAAGUUGUUUAUGUCGAGAGCAUUGUUUCUGUCAAGGGAGACAACAAGUUUAAGGGCACAGAUCCGAACAGACUCUCUGCAAGGUCAUGUUUAGAAGAGGCCAGUGCACAAUGGGUGAACGAGCCUAUGCUCUGAAAAUGGUGUAGCUGCUUGAUCUUAGGCAAGAGUACUUUGGUGAUAAAGUGGUUUCAUGUGAUGAUGGCAUCCAAAAACAUAAAAUGGGUCUUUGUUUUGUGCUUGGACAAGAAUAUGUUGUCGAUCCUUAAUGAUACAGAAAAUGUGGGUGCAAGUUCAGCCAAAACUCAAAAUGAAGCUCCUGCUGGGCUGAGUUCCGCAGCCAUGCUGAAUCAGGGAAGAGGUAAAGGAAGAGGUGGACCAAUGGGCAGAGGAAAAGGGAGAGCCAUGGCAAAGGCAAUGAAACUCAAUUUGCAUCUUCUUCUCGAACACUAAGAAGAGGAAGAGGCAGUCAAGCCAUGUCAUCAUCAAGGCGAAUGGAGUUCACGCAUCAAUCUGCUGUAUUGCCAUCAUCUUCACAAACUGUGACAAGAGGAAGAGGUCAAGGCAGGGCCAAUGUAGCAAUGGCAACUUCACAAGACUUGCCCUUCCAACCAUCAACUUCGGUCAAUGCCAAGCCCAGGGGAAGAUUAAAACUCUCCUUUUGGAAACCGUGAAGUAUAUAAUCUACUGUUGGAGUUGUGCAACUGAAAGCAACCUGAAGAGAGUUCCUUAUUGCAGCUUCUGAAUGAAUAGAGCUGACCAAUUAUAAAGUCAAGAGCCCCAACUCUGACCAUUAUCAGCCUUGCAAGGCCUUAACAACAACAUUCAUCAAGUAGUUUUAAUGAAUCAUGUUUGGAAACUGCACUCAGUGGGCUUUUGAAUGGUAAGUUUAUUGCUUAAUUAUUGGUAAGAAAUAAUUAAAUGCAUAGACUAAUUAUGGUUAGUCUUUUAAACAUGUGGCACAAUCUGGAGGGAGGUAAGGCCACACAAGGGUUAGGGGGGUGAGAAAAAAUGCAUAAACUAACUCUUGAUUGACUGACUUAAAUUCUGUAAAUUAGGACAUCUAUGGUUCGUUUGGAAAUGCUUCUCUAAGAAACAGUAAAUUCUGUAAAUUAGGACAUCUAUGGUUCGUUUGGAAAUGCUUCUCUAAGAAACAGUUUUUCUGGAAGCUUUUUUAGUAUAUACAUGUAGAAAUGAAGAACAGUAAACUUAUAAUUAUGCUGAACACUGGGCAAGCCAAAUUUAAAUAGUGUGUUGCUAUUCCUACCUGAUGUCAUGUCCUCAACCACCAUUAGGGAAAAUCUUAACAACAAAUUUAUUCAUUCAUAAAUGACCUUGAUAACCUUUAUUUAUCGUAAUCUAGCCGACUCUUUACUCCCACAUAGGCCUAGUAAACCUAUAUUAUUUUCGCUCCGUCUUCUUUAGUUGGAUGUAGUGCUUGAAAUAUAUCUUUUCAAGAGAUCUUCUCUCGUUGCAGAUUAUUGAUCACCCUGUUUUUUUUUUUUUCUUUACUUUCCAUUGUUUCAAUUAAUCACAAUUGACACUAACAUAAAGCUUCACUUGAGUUUCGGUUUCGCUAUACAUAAAGAAGAGUAAUUCGCCGAUUUCCCCCCUUAACUUGUACCCCAUUGCCAAUACUACCCAUAAAGUUUUAUCGUGCCAGUUUCUUCCCUAAAAUACUGUGAAUGACCAAUUUCUCCCUAUCUUCAAAUUUAUCCAAAUUGCAUCCAAAAAGUAGCAUGUUGGUCAUUAAAUCUUCUAUUAUGUUUGUUAUAUUUUCUUUCUUAAUGUUGUUGUUAUUAUUUUUGAAAUGUGACAUUUUCAAUAGAAGGUUAGAUGAAAUGCGUAGAAACAUGGCCGUCUGGGGAAAUUGGCCAUUUAUAUUAAUUAUUGGGAAAUCGUCAAAAUACUCUCGAUUUAGGGAAAUGAUAUCCGCACAUCCCAUUCCUCCGCCUGCAGAUCCCUGUUUAUUUAUGUUCCUUGAUUCUCCUUUUGAUUUAUUUAGUAUAAUAUCCACAAAUAAAUGGGGUGUUAAAAAAAAUGGUGUGCAGAAAUCAUGUCCUAUAUUCAUAUGGAUUAUUGUUCACUUCUUUCUUGAUAUAAAUUGUAACGUAAAGUUUGUUCUCGAGACAGAUAAUAAAUGGCAUCCACAUUUGGAACAAUUUUUUUUUUUUCCUUUUUAGCUUAUAAAGUCCAAGGUCCCCCGAACCAUUCCAUCAUCGAACAGCAGCAAAAGAAGAAGAACAAACCCUAGAGAGAAAUAUCAGUAUGAUUGAGCAUUGACUAUAACAGAGAGACUAGUCAGAGCCAAGCGGAAGGAAGAAGCAACAAGUGUUUGGAAACGAAGGAAUCUCAGUCGCUCCAAAGAGGAAUUUGAGUGGAUUUUGAAGUUUAAUCAAUUUGUCCUCUUGGACUCGGCACAAUUGGAAAUCCAAGGUAAGAUUUCCCUUGAUCUUGCUCCAUCAUUGUUCCGCCUUAUUUAAUUUGCUGAAAAGCAUAAAAGGAAAAGUAAAGGAGGAGAAAUUAAUUAUUAAUUAAUUAAUUAAUUAAUUAGUUCAUGGCAAAGUCAAGUAAUUUGACGGAUGAUAUGGUGGUGCAAAUCCUGUCUCGAUUGCCACCUAAAUCUUUGAUGCGAUUGAAAUGUGUCCGCAAGCUGUGGCGUGAUCUAAUUGAUAGUCCUAGCUUUGUGGCGAGUCACCUUUCUAACUCGAAUUUGAAAUCGAAAUCAGAUUCCUCCACCAGCAUUGUUGUAAAACAUACUGUUAAAAAUGUUGAGGAUGAUAGAAAGCACAUUUUAUUGUCAUUGCUUAAUGUUUGCAAGGAUGUUAGUGAUGGUGAUGAUCGUGUUGAGGAUCUUGGUGUUGUGUAUCCUUUGCUGAGUAUAUCUUCCCCUAAUUUUGAAAUUGCGGGUUAUUGUGAUGGGAUUUUUUGUCUAAGUCUUCACUUUUGUCCCGAGGAUAUUGCUUUAGUCAAUCCAGCUAUCAUGGAAUUUCAGUUUCUUCCCAAGUCUGGUCUUCUCCUCCCUCCCCCACAACCAGAUGUUGCUGAUAGAGUGGAUACCAUUACCAAUGCUAUCGUUGGGUAUGAUUCCAAAGCUGAAACAUACAAGGUGGUUAGAAUUGUGAAAUUUUUGCCAGGGCCUAGAAAAGCAGAGGUAUACACUUUAGGUGCUGAUUCUUGGAGAGAGGUCAAGUUUGAAAUCGAUUGUUCUGUCAUCUGGACACCUUCUUUUUAUUUCUACUUCAAGGGGGUUUUUUAUUGGUUUGCUACUGAUCUCCAUAAUAACGAUUUCAUCCUUACAUUUGAUAUGGGUGAGGACGUAUUUCAUAAUAUACCAGUUCCGUAUGAUUCCCUGGAGAGAUUUGCAUGGAAUUGCAGCAUUGCAGUAUGGAAUGAAUCCAUUGCUUUGUUUUGCUACUGCAAAGAUGAAGGAACUGGACUUUCUAUCUUUGAUAUAUGGGAGAUGGAUGAUUCUACUGAUGAGGUAAAAAGUCUGUGGAGUAAGAAACGCUUAACAAUCGAAUCUGUACCAAGUAUAGAGAUUCCAUUGGUAUUUUGGAAGAAUGACGAGCUUCUUCUGACGGCCACUGACGGACGUGUUGUCUCCUAUAACAUACGCACUCAAAAGCUCAAAGACCUUCCUAUUCAUGGCCUUGAAAAUCCACUAUAUAUUCAAGCUGUUCUUUAUGCAGAAAGCCUUGUUUCUGUCAGGGGAGGCAAUCAGCCUCUGGCUAUAGACCCAAACAGAUACACUGGAAGUGUAUCGUUCGAGUUGUACUUUUACCCGAGGCAUGUAUGAGUUUAUGCACUGGAAAUUCAUGGCUAGGCUGCUGGAUCUCAGGAAAGAGUACAGUUGGGAUAUCGCGUGAGGAAAAUGUAUGUACUUGUUUCUCUUGUUCUACUUGAAUUUCGUUGUUGUGGUGGUGUAUUUUGAAAUGUUAAUUAGGCUAAAGUCGAAAAGACAUUGCUGACUUUGGUUGUUGAUGUUUUCUUCUCUAUCUUAUGAACUUUCGUUAUCGUCUUAAAAUUUAGGUUUACCUUUCGAACUUCAAUGUAUGGAAUUUGGUUUUCUGUUUUAAUGGAGCGAACGCUAUUUUGUUUACA